AUGGCGACCUCCGGAAAAUUCGAUACACGCGCUCCGCAUUUUGAUGGUACUGAUUAUGACUAUUGGCAGUCACGUAUGAAAGCUUAUUUGAAGGGGAAGGGGAUGAAUCUGUGGAGGAUCACACAAAACUCUACAUAUGUGAUUCCUGCAGAGGACCCUACUGAUCCUGCUGCUGUUGCUCUUCUUGAAGCAAAUAAUCGGGUUGUUGACAUUUUGCAAGCUUCUCUUUGUAAACCCGAGUAUGAUCGUAUUUCCAGUGAGGAGCUAGCUUUUCAGAUCUGGGAUAAAUUAAAGAAAUAUCAUGAAGGCUCCAACGCUGUGAAAACACGAAAAUUUGAAAUUUAUAGAAAAGAAUUUGAUGCUUUUUCUCAGUUGCCUGGUGAAUCUAUUGAAGAUCUUUUUGCAAGGUUUCAAGUGAUUGUAAACAAAAUGAAAGCCCUUAAUAAGGAUAUGCCUUACAAUGAUCAUGCAAGGGCUCUCAGAUUGUUGCAUUCACUUACUGAUGAGUGGGAUAUGAAGGUAGAGGCAAUCGUUGAGUCUGCUGGCUAUGAGACUCUUACCACUGACGAGCUUUUCAGUAAGCUUAAGUCAAAAGAGAUUGAUGUCCUCUCCAAGCGCAAAUUGAAAAAUCCCACUAGCGCUUCUUCUUCUGAUGUUCCUAUGGCUUUGGUUUCUGGGAGUAAAACUAACGCUAACACUAAUCCAGUUCCUCCAAGCUUUGCCUUGUCUUCUUUGUGUCAUGUUGCAGAUGAUGAGUUGGAGACGCUAGAUGAUGAUCAGUUGGUGCUGCUCUCCAACAAAUUCAAGCGAGUCUAUGAGAACCGACGCAACAGAAGACGCUCAGAAGGAUGUUUCAGCUGUGGUGAGCGAGGCCACUUUGCAGCUGAUUGCCCGAACAAGAGAACAUUUGAUCAGGGCAACAACUCCAGGCGCCAGGAACAACCAAGGGAGAAGAAUAAGAAGGGUGACAGGCGCAUGAAGAAGAAUGGCCAGAAGUACACUGAUAAGCAAAUUAAAAGGGCUGCACAUGUUUUGUUUUCUUCUCUUGGUGAUUUUGUUUCAGAUGCUUCUUCGAACUCAAGUGAUUCAGACUCCGAGAAUGAGCUGCCCAAAAAGAAAACUGAUGGACUCUGCUUCCUCGCCGACAUCAAGGGAGGGAUGUGCACCAUGGCCUUAGAAGAUGAUGAAGCUUCUAAUCUCAGCGACAACUCUUCUGACAAUGAGGUACAAAAUUCAGCAGAAGAAGAAAUUAAAGAAUUGACAAAAAUUAUUGAUAAACAAAACAAGAUUUUAGCAAAACUUAAGGCUGAGUAUGAUAGAGUCAUCUCUGAAUUAAAAGACUUAAAAGAUGCUACUCCUGCUGAAGUAGAAUGUGAAGAGUGCUCUGUGCAUAUGGUUUCACUUUCUGAAUUGCAAUCUAAGCAUGCCUUCAUUGUUGACAAAUUUGAAAAUGCUAAGAUUGAGUUAGAAAAACUUCACUCUGGUUCGGCUUCACUUGACGCUUGUGCUUCUUGUCCAACCUUGAAAUCUAAUUUGAAUAAUGCUAAAUCUCGUGUUAUUGAGUUGGAGAAACACUCUUGUCCUGCUUUGCCUUCCUGUUUAACUUGCCCUACUUUUGUUGCUGAAAAUAAUGAUUUGAGGGUGAAGUUUUCUGCUUUGGAAGAAGAAAAUAAACAUUUGAGAGUGAUUCUUGGUUGGUGCUCUAUUCGUGAACCUCAGAUUGGUAUGUCAAUUGCUCAAAUUAAACGGAGUGAGCGUUUUGGACCUGGAUAUGAUUUGAAACAUGUUUUUGGUGAAAAGAGUGGACCUCCUAUUUCUGAAAAGAAUCCACCUUUGGCUAAGUACACUGGACCACCUCCUAGGAAAGAGGGUCCAUGUGUCACAUCUGAGGGGUUGUCAGUUGAACCAUCGAGAUCUGUUCCAAAAAAGCAGGAUGGAGGCGAGGAGAACAUAUGGAUAAUGGAUUCCGGUUGUUCGCGCCACAUGACCGGAGAUGACAAAUGGUUCUCCAGCCUCACCCCCGCGAGCGGUAAGGAAUAUAUUACAUUCGGGGAUAAUAGUAAAGGUAAGGUUUUGGCGCAUGGCUGCAUCAAGGUGAUGAUGAGACGACCGGGUGAACUGUUACAUAUGGACAUUGUUGGUCCAGCCCGUGUUCGGUCUGCUGGUGGGAAGUGGUAUGUGCUCGUUGUUGUGGAUGAUUUUUCUCGAUACUCAUGGGUGUUCUUUCUGGAAUCUAAGGAUGACGCCUUUUCACAUGUUCAUGAUCUUGUUCUGAAGCUGAAAAAUGAGUUGUCAAAUAAUGCCGUUAGAGCAAUUCGCAGUGACAAUGGUGAUGAUGAGAUCGGGCAGGAUAUUUUUGAGGAUGAGCAAGAGGAAGAUGGAUACAACAAUGACGACGACGAUGACACCCCGCCUGUGAUGCAGGGGGAGCCUGGCGCGCAGCUCGAGCAGGCACCCUCCACCACUUUGGAGGAUGGACCAUUGCCUACACGUACAUCUACAGCAGCGCCUGCAGCUUCACCGACUUUUGAUCAGGGAAAGUACACGAAGGAUGUCCUGCAGAAGUUUGCGAUGGAUGAUGCAAAGCCAAUUUCUACGCCCAUGCCGACUAGCGCGGCUUUGGAUGCUGAUGAGAACGGAGAGCCCGUGGAUCAGAAGGAUUAUCGAAGCAUGAUCGGGCGUCCCCUAGGAUUUCUCAUCGUCAGGCGGUGA